AUGAAAAUGACGAUGCUCGUAGAAAGUGGAGAACAGUCCGCCUGUCCCCUCUACUUAAGUGGUGUGAAUGAAAUGGCCUUCAUACUCUUUUUGUUGAGCAGUCGGUUUGGCACCCAUUUUUAUUUAGGUCUGCCAAAAAAUGAACCUGCAUUCGAUUUUAAAAGUGUAAAUCAAAGUAAUAUAUUUACUAUGUUGCCACGACAAUAUCUUACUGAGCAGGAUAUUAGGAGACGACAAAUUGAUACUCUUAAAAUUUUCAAUGAUAAUGUAACAGAACUAAAAGAAAAUUCCGAAUAUAGGGUGGAAUUUAGUUCUGACGGACGAAAUUUGAGUUUAAACGUUAUACUACCACCAGAUUUUCCUAAUGAGAAACCUAACAUAUUUGUGAAUCCAGUAUUCCCUCAUCCAUGGCUGGCUGAAAAUUCAAACGAAGUGGUGGGAGCACCUGGCUUGGUUAACUACACACCUCAUGCAGACUUAGGUAGAAUCGUUCAAGCUAUUAUACGUGAAUUUCAAAGAGCUGUGCCAAAUAUACUGAAUCUGGAAGACAAAUCAACCGAUACAAGCCCACAGUCACAGUAUAGCAUACAAUCAUUAAUGUUUCCAGAACUAAGUGAAUUGACGAUAGAAGAAUUGCAGGAGAUUAUGGAAAAUCCUGAUUUACAGGACAAACUCCUAGAAAAUAACCCUCAAUUAGUCGAGCUAGACUUAGAGACUGAAGAAUUAAUGACAAAUAUAGAAGAAAUAGCUCAAGAUAAUAUAAUGAAGCAACAAAUGUUAGAUGACUUGAAAUCUGAUGUUCUAGAAAGAAUUUCUACGAUCGUCCAAAUGAAAAUGAGUUAUGAGGAACUCAAUAGGAAACACCAGAAGCUAUCAGAAAUGUAUGACCCACACAGAAUUAAGGAUUGUUUGAGGGUUGCUGCUUUAAAGGCGGAUGAAGAUGCAGAGGUCAUAGCAGAACAGUUUCUAUUAGGAAAAAUACCAGUGGAGACGUUCAUAGCACAGUUUGCUGAGAAAAGGGCGUUAGGUCAAGCCAGAAGGGCUCGGGAAGAACGCUUGGCACAUCAACUAGCCCAGUUGGAUAGAGCUACUACA